AAGCAGUUCAGUGAGCUGUGUAAUCUGAAGAAACAUAUGAAACUUCACACAGGGGAGAAACCCUACAGAUGUGAGGAGUGCAGCAGGCAGUUUAGUGAGCUGUGUAAUCUAAAGAGACAUGUGCGAAUACACACCGGGGAAAAACCCUACAAAUGUGAAGAGUGCGGCAAGCAGUUCAGUGAGCUGGGUAGUCUUAAGAAACACGUGCGAACUCACACCGGAGACAAACCCUACAGGUGUGAGGAGUGUAGCAAACAGUUCAGUCAACUGGGCAAUCUGAAGAAACAUAUGCGAACUCAUACAGGGGAGAAACCCUACAGGUGUGAGGAGUGCAACAAGCAGUUCAGCGAACAGGAUGUUCUAAAGAAACACAUGCGCACCCACACCGGGGAAAAACCCUACAGAUGUGAGGAGUGCAGCAGGCAGUUCAUUGAGCUGGGUAGUCUGAAGGACCACAUGCGAACUCAUACCGGGGAGAAACCUUACAGAUGUGAGGAGUGCGGCAGACAGUUCAGUGUGCCGAGUAGUCUGAAGACGCACAUGCGCACUCACACCGGGGAGAAACCCUACAAGUGUGAGGAGUGUAGCAGGCAGUUCAGUCAGCUGGGUAGUCUGAAGACUCACAUGCGGACUCACACUGGAGAGAGGCCCUACAGAUGUGAGGAGUGUAGCAGGCAUUUCAGUGAACUGGGUAGUCUAAAGAAACACAUGCGCACUCACACAGGGGAAAAACCCUACAGGUGUGAGGAGUGCAGCAAGCAGUUUAGUGUACUGGGUAAUCUGAAGACGCACAUGAAAACCCACACAACAAAGUAAUUAGGUGGUCAUGAAAAUUUUUUGUUCGGUUCUUGGCAGAAUGACAAGGAAUUCUACUGAAGAAGACAUUAAGAAUCGUCUAUAUGUCAAGACUGUACAUGUCUGAAGAUAGUCAAUGGUUAGGAACUGUUAAAUGAGUUUGGGUUUCUAACUCUUUAAACUUACUAAUGGGUCUUACAUGUAUCUUGUAUCAUGUUACUAAUAGGUUUAAAGGUAUUUUGUAUCGUGUUAUAAGUAGAAGAAGAAGAGCAAUUAGAUCCUUUGAAAACGUUGCAGUUUCAUCUCCAUUCUGAGUAGCCGUUUGUUUUUUUACUUUAGACUUUUCUGUGUUGUUUCUGGCAUGAAUAGCAAUAAUAGUCAUGACGUAGGACUGAUGUAUUGUUUUUUAAUGUAUUUGUAUGUAUGUCAGUAGGUAAAAUGAGUAUGGUAAAUACUAUGUCUAGUUAUGAGUUGUUUGUAGUAGCGUACACGUAUAUUUCUUUUUGUACUAUUUAUGUAGCAGUGUCAGUAUAGGACCCACGCUC